AUAAUGGCUUGUUUGUUUAUGUUUGGGGACCCGUCGCCCUGACCUGACUUUUCCCUGGAUUUUCUCACCCACCUGCGAUGGGGGAGAGCUGCGUGACCUAAGGUAAUGGACCUACCUCGUCCUUGGUACUGGUGUGACACGGCAUGUUUCCAGAGUCUGUGAACUCGAGUACAAAGAUGGAUCCGCAGAAGGAAGGCGAGGAUGAGAAGGUCCCGGGUUGGCCUGACGAACCUGAGACCGAUCCUCUGGCUGACCCGCUGGCCCUUGACGACCCGGAACGGGAAAAGCCAGAGGCCGUGCAACAUGAUCAGGACAGCAACAGCAGCAGCAGCAGCAGUAGCAGCAACAGUAGUGAUGGGGACCACAUGCCGCACAUGGACGACAAACCAGACACACAUCCACAAACAGAAGUGAUCGAACAGGAAAUGAUUACUGUUGAUGAUGUGAGGUUCAGUGAAAACUCGUGUGACUCUGGGAAAGAGGAUGGGGAGGUAGUCAAGGAUGUAAGUGGUGAUGUAGGACACACACAGGAACUACAGGAGAGUGAGUGUGCUGACUUUGGUGAGUGUGAUACUGGUGUCGAAAGUGUAAGAACUCCCCCACCCAAUUCUCUGCAUAUAGAAAGUAGUAGUGAAGAUAGAAAUGAAAGCACUAGUGCGUUUAGUCGUCCGGGCAGCAAGGCAGAAAGUUGUGACAGAAAUAGUGAGGGUGCGAGCCCGGCAAGAGUUGAUGAGAACAUGGACUGUGAUGCUGGAAAUGCUGCUGCUGAAAAUGCUGCUCUUAGUAGCAUCGGGGACAACAUCAGCAUCAGCAGUCCAAAGAUUGAGAGCAGGCAGGGUAAUAGCAAAGAGGGAGGCACUCGGAACGAUAGCCUUGACGAGAUGGACUCAGACAAAGAACAACAAGCAGGAGGUAGUGAUGGAGGUGACGAGGACGAUGAUAACAAAAUAAGGAGACUAAGAGCCAAAAGACGACACGUUAGUGGAAAUACCGAUGUUAUCGCACCGGCUCCGAAAGUCAAAAGGAAAUGUCGGAAAAAUAUAUCGGAAGACGAGAAAGACAGUGAAAGAGAUAGAGAUAGUGAGAGAAGAAAGAGAGACGAAUCUAAAUCAUCAGAUGAUGAAGGUGACGACUCUGAUUCUGAUGAGGACUCCAGACGCCGGAAGCUCAGAAGGCGAAGCGGCGCCGUAUCUGGACUAAGUGCUAAACCCAAAGUGAAAAACUUGCGCCGAAACAUCCGAGAUAUUAUUAGUGACGACAAGCUGGAAGACGACACCCUGGUGGCGCAGAAGGAAGAACAACUCCGUCUUCAGCGACUCCAGGAGAAGAGAGUUGCUCUCAGAGAAUACUUGGAGCAGCAACAGGUUGAGCGUCUUGUAGCGGAAGUGAGCGCUAACCUGGAAGCUGGCGCAGAAGUUCAAGUCUCCAGCAGAGCUCCGUCUGAUGAUGACAUUGUCUGCCUCUCAUCGGAAGAGGAUGCUCCGAGGAUCAAGGUCGAGAUGGAUCAAGAUGGGAAACGUGACAAGGAAAAAGAGGAGGAGGAGGAAGAAGAUGAGGAAGCAGAAGAGGGAGAGGUUUGGAGAAUGAAAUGGGAGCAAGAUGAGAUGUAUCCCCCAGUUGAAACCCAGCUGACAGAGGUAGGCAGUGGAGAAGAGGAGAUCAAGGAGGAGGAAGAGGAGGAGGAGGAAGAGGAGGAGGACGUAGAAGAGGAGGAAAAGCCAGAAGGAGAGGAGAAAGUAACCAAGGAGAAAGAUAAAUCCUCGGCCGAAGAGGAAAAGUCUGAAUCGGACUCGGAUGUGGUAAUCCUCUCCAGCCACUCUGAAGAUGAGGAGGAAGACCUGGAGGACUCGACCAAUUCGGGCGCACACAUCAAUGAUGCCUUCAACCUUCCUGAUGCACAAGGCCGCGUGUUGGUGAAUGUGGGGCAUCCAGAGGGAGAGGAGGACAUAUUCCUGGCACCUCAGUUGGCCAGGAUCGUCAAACCACAUCAGACUGGAGGAAUUCGCUUCCUGUACGACAACAUUGUAGAGUCCCUGGAACAGUUCAAAACAUCCAACGGCUUUGGCUGCAUCCUGGCACAUUCUAUGGGGCUUGGUAAAACACUUCAGGUUGUGUCGUUUACGGACAUCUUCUUAAGAUACACUAGUGCACGUUCAGUCUUGAUCAUUGUUCCCAUCAACACGCUCCAAAACUGGUACGCUGAAUACAAUGCGUGGCUCCCUGAAGAAGGUACCAUUCCCCCCACCACGCCAGAAGGCUACGAAAUCUUCACCCGAAAGUUCAAGGUUUUCUUGCUGAACGAUUCGUUGAAGAACCUGAACCAGAGAGCUAAAGUGAUUAACGACUGGCACGAGAUGGGCGGUGUGCUUCUCAUGGGCUACGAGCUCUACCGACAGCUCUCACUCAAGAAGCCCAAGAAGCCAAAGAAGAAAAAGAAAGAUGCCGAUAAUAAGGAAAUUGUAGAUAUUGAAGAGGAAGACAAGAACAAGGAACUUUUAGAAGAGAUCCAGAAGGCACUGGUGAAGCCAGGUCCUGACCUAGUGAUCUGUGAUGAAGGACACCGCAUCAAGAACGCCCAUGCUAACAUAUCACAAGCACUGAAGAACAUCCGUACUAGACGACGUGUUGUACUCACGGGUUACCCACUUCAAAAUAACCUCUUGGAGUACUGGUGUAUGGUGGACUUCGUGAGACCCAAUUAUCUUGGUACAAAGACGGAAUUUAGCAAUAUGUUUGAGCGGCCGAUUCAGAAUGGGCAGUGCGUGGACUCUACGCCUCAAGACAUGAAGCUGAUGAGAUACCGAGCUCACGUACUUCACUCCCUGCUGGAAGGCUUCGUCCAGAGACGAGGCCACACGGUUCUGGCGACCACACUGCCGGAGAAGGAAGAACAUGUCUUGUUGUGCAGAAUGACAGAAAUCCAGCGGAAACUUUAUGCCACCUUCAUGUCGGAAUUGGCCGCCACCAAGGCCAUGGCUAAUCCUCUCAAAGCAUUUGCAAUAUGUUGCAAGAUAUGGAACCACCCAGAUGUGUUGUAUAACUUUGUUCAGAAGAAAAUCAAUGAAGAUUUUGAUUUGGACUUGGAUGAAGUAGAUGGGAAAACCAAAUCCCGGAGAGCGUCUUCAAUAUGUACGCCGAACCAAUCUUUACUCAACGUUCCGUCACACCCAAUGCCCAGCUGGGCUUCACCAGCACAGAUGAACAGAGGUUUACCCCAGCAGCUUGGGAGUGGGGGGCUGGGCAUGGGCCAUCAAGGGGGUAUGGUGUCUCAGUCGGGCAUGGGGCAGAUGAACAUGAAUCACCAAAGUACAAUGAGCCUUCAACAACCCAAUAUGGGUUUCCAGGACCCAAUGGGGCCCCCAAUAAUGCAUCAUGGGAUGGGCCAGCUCCGAGAUAACCAGGGUGGCCUGGCCAACUAUGGCAUGAGUGCACAUAAUAUACACCAGGGGUAUGGGAUGCAGAUGCCUUAUCCAUGGUAUAACCAGGGCUAUGGUGCUAAUGAUCCCAGAUCCUACCCUCCGUACAAUAACCCUUACGUCCCGCAGUACCCCCAACACAAUACUCCAGUCAGUCAAUCACUGCCUGGUUAUCCCUCUACUUCUCCCAACAUGCACAACUCACCAAUGGGCAUGGGUCUUCCUAAUCCUUCUAACCAAUCAAUGGGACUUUCUAGCCCUUCUCGACAGUCCAUGGGUCUAUCAAACUCGUCUGGACAGUCUAUGGGGAUUCAUAAUCAUUCUGGGCAGUCUUUAGGAUUGCCCGACCAUUCUGGGCAAUCUUUAGGAAUUUCUAACUCGUCAGUACAGUCGAUGGGGUUAUCCAACCCUGGGGGACAGUCAAUGGGCUUAUCCAACUCUGAUCAGGCUAUGAGAGUUAAUAAUUCCUCAGGGCAGCCUAUGAGUUUAGUUAACCAUUCUGGGCAGUCAAUGGGACUUCAAAAUCCUUCCGAACAGUCAAUGGGAGUUUCUGAUCCUUCAGAACAAUCAAUGUCAAUUCACAACCCAUCGGGACAGUCGAUGUCUGUGCCCAAUUCAUCGGAUCAGUCAUUGGGUGUGUCCAACUCUUCAAGAGGACUCAUGGGACUGUCUAAUUCUCCGGGGCAGCCGCUGGGGGUCACCACUCCAACGGGACAACCUCUCAAUCACUCCAAUAAUAAUCCCCUUGCAAGUCAGCCUGUGUACCCGAAUGGGACAAACAGCCAUGGGAAUACAGGUGAACCCAGCCCAGCCACCCCUGCCACACCCGCUACCCCUGCAACACCUGCCACACCAGCCACACCCGCCGCACCAACAACACCCACGCCAUCAACAGAGGAAAAAACCAAAGAACAAAGUGAAGAAACUGAUGCACAAUCUGUUAAAAAAGAUGAUACCAAGGAAGAGGAAGAAGAAAAUUCGGAAGACAAAAAGGACGAGAAAAAAGAAGACCCAAAGAAAGACGAGAUGACCCUAGACUGGACGGAGGGUUUGUUUAAGGACUACAUGCCAGGCUCGCUGAGCAACUCAGCAAAGUUCCAAGUGUUCUUCCAGAUCUUGGAGGGGUGCGUGAGACUAGGGGACCGCCUCCUCGUGUUUUCUCAGUCUCUGUUCACCCUUACCCUCCUGGAAGAGUUCCUACAGAGGUCUUACAUACCUGGUACCUACGAGGGUUGGCUUAGAAAUCGGUCGUAUUUUCGACUAGAUGGCAGCACCUCAGCCCAGGAUAGAGAAAAACUAAUUAAUGAGUUCAAUAUGAAUCCUAAUAUAAGAUUGUUUUUAGUGUCUACAAGAGCGGGGAGUUUGGGCAUUAAUUUAGUGGGUGCCAAUAGAGUGGUCGUGUUUGAUGCCUCGUUCAAUCCCUGCCAUGACACUCAAGCCGUGUGUCGAGUCUAUCGGUAUGGACAGAAAAAGGAGUGCCAUAUUUACCGCCUUGUAACAGACAAUUCUCUAGAAAAACGUAUAUAUGACAGACAAGUAAAUAAACAAGGCAUUGCGGACCGUAUUGUCGAUGAAAUGAAUCCCGAUGCCCAUUUGUCAUCCAAAGAAAUCAGCAACCUUCUCGUUGAAAAUGAAAGUGAUCCUGAACCUGUUGACAUGACUGAAAAGGCUGAUAAAUACAGGGAUGAAAUUUUACAGGAGGUAGUGCAUAAACAUGGCUCUCUCUUCACUAAAGCUCCAUUUAAACAUGAAAGUUUGCUUGUAGAUCGAAAAGACAAAAAGCUGUCGCGUGCAGAAAAACGGCUAGCUAAAAGAUCUUAUGAACUGGAAAAACAAGCUAACAUCAGUUAUAGUAGACCGUCAUAUGCCGCAUUCUACCCCAAGAACCAGCAGGGUCAACAAGUGGUCAUGGGAACCAAGAUCGGCGGAGUGGUGUAUGCCAAGCCCGUUGGCACAGUACGGCCCUUACAAGCAGAAAUGGGUCAUAGGUUAGAAGGAGGCGGAAUCAUCCACCGACCGAACAUUUUAUCGCGUGGAGCUCAGCCCAACUUCCCCGUCGAGGCUCUAGCCAAACAGGGGGUGUCUGUUCAGCAAAUCACCGUGCCUAAGGAGGUUAGCAUCCCCACAAAUUCGGGAGAUGGGAAGCCAAUUCUUCUGAAGGCGGGCCAGUCAGUAAUGGUUAUCAAGACGCAGAAGGGCAUUUACCUACGGCUGAAUGACGGCAAGAUCGUGGCCAUUCGUGUACCUCCAGGAAAUGAAGAAGUGUUUGGGCUGCCGCUGAACAAGGGAAGCGUGACCAUUGUACCGACAAUCGUGAACUCGCCGAGGCCGAGGAUGCAACACAUGGGUGGCCGAGGUGGGGGUGCCAGGAGGGGCCGUCCUCCCAUGGCUAUGCAGUAUGCCACUGGGAACCUCAUCACUAAGGGUCAGAUGCCCAUUAGGAUCACAAAGAAGCAAAUGACUGCAAAUAUACGUUGUGGCAAAACUUACCAGACAAUCACCAUGCCCGUAAAUGCCGGGGGGGGCACCCCACAAGCUCUCUUGAACAAGAGUGUUGUCAUAACACCAGCUACAAAGGCUAGUGCUGCCUUGGCCACUUCAAAAGCUGUACGCAAUAUCAAACUCAACCCAAAAUUGACAGUCACCACCACUCCACCGAAAGCUCUGAGCGUCAUGCCCAGCACGAGUGGAGUUGUCGGAGGCACUAAACUGCCAGGCACCAGUGUUAUACCAAAAAUAACAAAGAAGACCACUCUCUCACAGCUAGCAAAUAUGCACAGAAAUGAAAAACUUCGAAAGAUGAAUCAAGCCAAGAAAGAGCAAGAAAAAGAAGGUGCGAGUGGGAAGACUGAACCAGGAGAAGACACCAAGGACCAGGUCAAGUCUGAGAGUGAAGACAACAAACCCUCGGACAAAGAAACCAAGCAGGAAGGCCAGGCUGAAGCCGAUGGUCCUGUGAAUCUCGUCAACAAAAAGGAAGAAGUUAACAGUCCCAAAAAGGAGGAGAAGGACAGUGGAGAAUCAUCAGGAAAAGAGAGUGGGUUGGGUUCAGAGUCUGGUAUUGGGACCAAUAAAGAGUCAGAAGGGUUGGGUAUGUCAAACAGUCUCUCUGACUCUACUGCUUCUGAAUUAAAGCAAGGAGCUGAGGGUUCCCCAUUACCUGGGAAGCAGGACGACAAACUAGGAUCUACCAGCACUAAUAGUUCCACAGGAUUAGGGACGUCCGACGGAGGGCCGACAAAUUUGACAACAACUGGCAACUCGUCGCCAUCUAUCCAUUCUAACGAAGUGGUUCUAGGAGCUCCAUCCAAAUCAGCCGUUGGAUUCGGAAUGAGGGACCUAGCCAAACCCCUGUCUAGUUCAGUAAGCAGCAGUGAGAGUCGCACUGGAAUAGUGAAACCCCAAGUACAACAGACGCCAAACAAACCCACAGCAAGUCUGACUCCACUACAGUCGAUGAGCAACCUGCUGCCCCCUGGUGGUCCUGGGCCCCCGGGUACUGCUCACACAACCCUCACAUCUGCAACACUAGCCCAUUUGCCACCUUUCUCGUCCCAGCAAGCUUUCCAUUCCUCCCAGCCGCUCUUCCAACCAUUCCUGCAACAACCAGCACAGCAGCAGCAGCAGCAACAACAACAACAACAGCAAUCAUCAGGCACUAGCAGCACAACUAACAGCAGUAGUUGGUCUAAGAGCAACAUGGAUGCAGUAUCCACCUCCAGCUUGGGAAGCAAUGUGGCGCAGGUUGCUCCUCAUGUACACCAGUCUAGUAUGUCAUCUUCCAAUUCCUACACGUCAUCUCAGUCUCCCUUUCUGCCUUCAACUACGCAUGCACAAUUCACCAGUAAUGGGAGUUACGGAACAAUGUCGAGCAUGGCCAGUUCGAUGCCCGCCACUACACAACACACUACCACAACCUACCCCACAAUGUCAGAGAGCCCACAGCUUUCACAGCAACAACACCAGAUUCAACAGUCACAGCAGAGUUCCCUGAGCUCAACCCUGGCUCAUGCUGGGAGUGGAUUGGUGUCCAGUUCACGAAGUGGUGGACUUGGCGGAGCUGACAGUCCCCUCAAUUUGUCACAUUUACUUAAUUCUCAAGUUUUUGAUGCUGUACCAGAGGACUUGAGCUCCCCACACAGCCAUGCCUCUGCCCUGGACUACCUCAACUACACGCUGUCAACAGGCACAAGUGCCUUCCGUCGUCCAGACUACCAAGCCACACUUAGUCCUGACUUGCAAUCGUUAAUCAACUCUGCAACCUCCCAGCAAUCUCUCACGUCUGCACUUCCCAGUGCCGCCCAUUCAUCCUCAAGUCCAACAGUGACAUCUCCCUCGCCCUUCCCUUCAUACCAGCCCCCGUCUUAUCCACAGUAUGCCCCGUCAUACCGAACAGGGACUUCUGUCUCUGCUAGCCCAUAUGCUGCUUAUGCUGGGCAGUAUCCCCCAUAUGCUGCCCAGUACCCACCUGGUCUGAGCCCUCACUCUGCAACCACACCACAACCCCCAACUAUGGGUCAGUAUGGAGCACUUCACACCCCACCCAAUCCCUAUCAGACCUAUCCUGCACCUCCAACGCCAGGUCGGUCACCAUACUCAUCUACUCUUGGGGGCUUCAGUCAUGGCCCGUAUCCCCCCAUGUGAAGAAAGCCUUCUAAAUCCAAAAGAAGGAUUGUAGAUUGAUGAGAGGACUUGAAAAUACCUAAUGUAUAGAAUGAGACAUAUAGUUAUAUAAUGUUAUUGAGGAUGUAAGUUUUGUAUACUUUAAGUGGCUUUAAUUACCAAUCCAUUAACAAGGACAAGUCUCAGUGAUCAUAAGAAUAACAACUUGCCUCUUGACCAGAAGUUAGGCAAAGCUCGGGACCAUGAUCCCUUCCCCCCGCCCCAUUCCACUUUGUGAUGAUCAUUAAGAAAAUCUUCAUAAUGGCACAGAUAAUUUCUUGCCUUAUCCCCAAAAAUGUGCAAAAAUACUGAUCUCUGUUCCCAAGAGAUCCCCAAGCGGAAAUAUUUAUGAUUACCUCCGCCACUCGUGUACAUAGAGAAGAGAGCCUCCCAAAAGGUGAAAAGGUCGAGAUGAGCCUCCCAAAGACAUAAGUAGACGCCAGGUAAAUUAAUUAUUCAGAGUUUUUGGCAAGACAUCAGGAGGUGCUGCAUGUUAACCCCUUUGCUGCUGCUGCUGCACAUACACCAAAAUUUACCCUAAUAAGAUUGUCAUUUUUUAACUUCACUCGGAGUAUUAGGCUCGCAUAUAUUUUAUACGAAAUUGUACUUUUAAGGCUUAUAAUGGAAAUUUUUUAUUAUGUAGCAACUGAAAAUCUUAUAAUUACAUUAAUUUUUAUUUAAUUAAAAUUUCUUUUCAAAAUAAGAUGGAUAUUAGUUUCAUUUCAUAUUUCUUAAAAAGUCAAUAGUUAUUAAUAUCAUAAAAGAUAAUUUACAAAAUAAUUUUAACCUUGAAUUUGCUCUAAAUGGAUUGAUGAUGGAGCAAAAAUAGUAUUUUAAACAUGGAGCUUUAUAUUCCCUAAAGUUUUCUGAUCUCCUUCCAUCUUAGAAACAUGUCAGUUGAUGCUGGCAAUAAAACGAGAUUAGUAAGAUGCAUUAUCUUCAUUGAGUUUGUCACAGUUGCUGGGUAAGAUGCAUUAUCUUCACCGAGUUUUUGUCACAGUUGCCGGGGGUGAAGUGAGAUUUGAGAGAUGCAUAAUCUUGACCGAGCUAAGUUGUCACAAGCACCUCUGUAAUUCUUUAGUAGCUUAACACUAGUACUGAAUUAUCUGAUGGCUUCUUGAGUAGUUGUUAAAGGCCUUGGGAAGAUCUUGCAUGUACCAUGCUCCUUGAAAUACAGAAAAUGUUUCUGUAGACCAAGUAGGAGAAAACAGUUUCUAGUAUUUUCUUUAUGAAUAUGUAAUUAUUCAGUGUCGUUUUAUAAUUCUCCCCGCACGUGUGCAAGUAUCUGAUCCACAUAAUAUUAGGUUCCAAGUAUGAAUUACGAGAACGUUAAGGGUAUAAAUAUGUACAUUUGGUGUGUUUAGAGUAGGUUAAUGUGGCAUAUCUCACAGGUGCUGUGAUCUGAAGCACCCUGACUCUGGCCAUCUGUCAUAUCCACCACUCUUUAUUUUGGAUGAGAUUCAUCGCCUGCAGCAAGAGGGUUAAUAUGAGCUUUUAAUGAACAUGAUAAUUGGACGCAUGACAGCGAUACUCGAUGAUCUCGCCGCAAAUUAACGGCUCUGCGCACGAAGGAGUGCCAUGCACUUUGUAUAGCUAGAGGACCGUUGCUCUCCAGGAGCAAACGUGACGGCUCGCUAACUCUAGUGUCACUCGGAAACGUUUACUGUAUGUGUAAUGCAAUAUGCACUCAUGUGUUGGGGCAGUUUUGUGGAUACGAAGCACAAAGUCCCGUAAAAUUUAUGUAUGACAAAGUGUAGUGAUUGAAUUUUAAAUUGACUCCAGAUGAUGGUGAUGUACAUAACAAAUUUCAAGUAUAAUGUUGUGAAAGGAUCUUGUGACUUUCAAUUACAUUUAAAAGUCAGCCAAUGAACACAUUUAUUUGACCAUUGCAAUCCACAGUUUUUAUAUUUAUUUUGCAUUAAUAUUUAUAGGUUCUGAAUGUGAACAUGCAAGUAGAGGAUAGACUUUCUCCUAUUUUCUUGAUACGCUUAACUUGUAACAGUAUUUAUUGUACUAUGUACAUAAUAAAAAUGUCUUCAUAAUCA